CCGUCCCCGUCAAACUGCACCGCACGUAGAUUGCGGUAGUGUGGGCAGCAUUCAUUUUAGAACGUAUUUAGGAAAGUGCUACCUUGAUUCGUUCCCGUCAAGUGUCUUAAGCUACCACGUAGUGCCGCGAUAACUACAACAGCGUCGUUUAGGUUUCGUGCUGAAUUCUGUUUUAAAAUCAACUUUAAUGUGACUUUCCAAUUAAUCUUUCCAGUCAGCUGGACGGGCCCCCAGCGUAGGACGAAUGGUAGCCAUUUUUGUGGAAGUUGUCAAUAAUCUUGAUGGGGUUUUUAAUUCUUCGUUUAAACAGUAAUGAGCGCACGGUUUUAAGUUCCAGUUUUCUGUAGAUUUUAGCACCGCAUAUUGUAGACGCCGAGAAAAUGUCUGCCGAACCGCCUGUUCGUGAAAUAGCUGCAGAGGAUAGCAUCAGAGUAGUUUGCCGUUUCAGGCCAUUAAACGACUCCGAAGAAAAAGCUGGUUCGAAAUUCAUCUGUAAAUUUCCCUCUGGCUCAGAUGACAACUGUAUAUCUAUAGGGAGUAAAGUAUUCCUGUUUGACAAAGUAUUCAAACCUAACGCAACGCAAGAGAAGGUCUACAAUGAAGCAGCAAAGUCCAUUGUGUCAGACGUGCUGUCGGGGUUCAACGGCACCAUCUUCGCGUACGGCCAGACGUCUUCGGGCAAGACGCACACGAUGGAGGGGGUGAUCGGGGACCCGGCCAAACAGGGCAUCAUCCCGCGCAUCGUCAACGACAUCUUCAACCACAUCUACGCCAUGGAGGAGAACCUGGAGUUCCACAUCAAGGUGUCCUACUUCGAGAUCUACAUGGACAAGAUUCGGGACCUGCUGGACAUAUCGAAAGUGAACCUGAGCGUUCAUGAAGACAAAAACAGAGUGCCGUUUGUGAAAGGUGCGACUGAGCGAUUCGUCUCGAGCCCUGAGGAAGUGUUCGAGGUGAUUGAAGAAGGGAAGGCCAACAGGCACAUUGCGGUCACCAACAUGAACGAGCACAGCUCUCGCUCCCACAGUGUGUUCCUGAUCAACGUGAAGCAGGAGAACUUGGAGAACCAGAAGAAGCUGUCUGGCAAGCUGUACCUCGUGGAUCUUGCCGGCAGCGAGAAGGUGAGCAAGACCGGUGCCGAAGGCACAGUGCUGGACGAAGCGAAGAACAUCAACAAGUCACUGUCGGCGCUGGGGAACGUGAUAUCUGCGCUGGCGGAUGGCAACAAGACGCACAUUCCUUACCGAGACUCGAAGCUGACCCGUAUCCUGCAGGAGUCGCUGGGCGGCAACGCUCGCACGACCAUUAUCAUCUGCUGCUCGCCAGCAUCGUUCAACGAGGCGGAGACAAAGUCCACGCUCGAGUUUGGCAAGCGGGCGAAGACCAUCAAGAACGUGGUGUGCGUGAACGAGGAGCUGACGGCGGAGGAGUGGAAGCGGCGCUACGAGAAGGAGAAGGAGAAGGUGGCGAGGCUCAAGGGCAAGCUGGAGAAGCUGGAGCUGGAGCUGAGCCGGUGGCGCUCAGGCGAGACGGUCAACCUGGAGGAGCAAGUCAACCUGCAGGGAGGCGGUGUGCCGCAGGAGGCGGAGGCAGCCACCCCCGUGGCGCCGCCCCCGGAGGCGCCCCCCGCGGUGGUGCUGGGCCCCAUGCCCGCCACGCCCAGCGGGGGCGUCAUGCUGGGCUCGCUGUCCAACGAGGAGCGGCAGAAGCUGGAGGAGGAGCGGGAGGGCCUGUACCAGCAGCUGGACGAGAAGGACGAGGAGAUCAACCAGCAGAGCCAGCUGCUGGAGAAGCUGAAGGAGCAGAUGCUGGAGCAGGAGGAGCUGAUCGCGGCCACGCGGCGCGACUACGAGCUGCUGCAGCAGGAGAUGAACAAGAUCCAGCAGGAGAACGAGAGUGCCAAGGAGGAGGUGAAGGAGGUGCUGCAAGCGCUGGAGGAGCUGGCCGUCAACUACGACCAGAAGAGCCAGGAGGUGGAGACCAAGAACAAGGAGUUCGAGUCGCUCACCGAGGAGCUCAUGCAGAAGCAGUCGGCCCUGAACACAACGUCGUCGGAGCUGCAGCAGCUCAAGGACAUGUCGUCGCACCAGAAGAAGAGGAUCACGGAGAUGCUGACCAACCUGCUGAAGGACCUCGGGGAGAUGGGCGUGGCCAUCGGUGGUGACGGGGAGCUCAAGAUCAACGCGGACAACAACGGCAAGCUGGAGGAGGAGUUCACGGUGGCACGGCUCUACAUCUCCAAGAUGAAGUCAGAGGUGAAGAACCUGGUGCAGCGCUGCCAGGGCUUGGAGUCCCACCAGGUCGACAGCAACAAGAAGAUGUCGGAGAACGAGCGGGAGCUGGCGGAGUGCCGGCUGCUGAUCUCGCAGCACGAGGCGCGCAUGCGCUCGCUGCAGGAGAGCAUGCGCGAGGCGGACAGCAAGAAGCGGGCGCUGGAGGAGGACGUGGACUCGCUCCGAGAGGAGUGUGCCAAGCUGAGGGCAGCGGAGCAGGUCCACGCCGUGGCGAGCCGCGAGAAGGCAGAGGAGAGGGCGCAGGCCGGCAAGAUGAAGGUGGCGCUGGAGGUGCAGAUGGACCAGCUCCGGGACGCCCACCAGCGGCAGGUGGCCGCCCUGCGGGACGAGGUCACGGAGAAGCAGGCUGCCAUCAACGAGCUCAAGGACAUGAACCAGAAGUCCAGCCUGGCACUGCAGCAGAUGCAGCAGGACUACGAGAAGCUGAAGCAGGAGGAGACGGAGAAGAGCAGCAAGCUGCAGGAGCUGAUCCUGACGAACGAGAGGCGAGAACAGGCCCGCAAGGACCUCAAAGGGCUGGAAGACACUGUGGCUAAAGAGCUUCAGACACUGCACAACUUGCGCAAGUUGUUCGUCCUGGACUUGCAGGCAAGAAUCAAGAAGUCUGUGAGCGCGGAGGACAACGAAGACGACGGCGGCUCGCUGGCCCAGAAGCAGAAGAUCAGCUUCCUGGAGAACAACCUGGACCAGCUGACGAAGGUGCACAAGCAGCUGGUGCGGGACAACGCAGACCUGCGCUGCGAGCUGCCCAAGCUGGAGAAGAGGCUGCGGGCCACCAUGGAGCGCGUCAAGGCCCUGGAGUCGGCGCUGAAGGACGCGAAGGAAGGGGCGAUGAAGGACAGGAAGCGCUACCAGUACGAGGUGGACCGCAUCAAGGAGGCCGUGCGGCAGAAGAACCUGGCCAGGCGUGGAGCCACUGCGCAGAUCGCGAAGCCCAUCCGAGCCGGCCAGCAGCACCACCACCUGGGCGGGCCGGGCAACAUGCGGCCCCCGCCCCUCGUCACCGGCGGCCUCAGCAGGGUCAUUGUGGAUGACGACGUGCGCAAGAAGAUCAUCAGGACUGGAGGCGGCAACAGGGAGAUGACGGAGAGCUGAGGAGGUGUCGUACGUCUGCCGUAGGGGACGUAGCCAGCGUAGUCUCUGUACACUCAUUCUCGAAACACUUUGAUCCAAAUGUCAUUGCUGGCAACCAUUCACUCACACCUUCUACCAUGUAUUGUCUCGCCUGAGCCAAGCGAAACCAGUAAUCACCUAUUCUUUCCUUUUGUCUUUGCGGUGCUGCUUGUACGUUAAUCAUGUAUCCUAAUGGGGCAUUGUCGUUGUGCAUGCCAGCUGCCCUGCCCAGUAUUAAUAAUAUAGCUGUAAAGUCUUCUGGGCAUCAGCGUGUUGUGCAUUUUCAGUCUAUCUCAUGGGAAAUGGCGGUGGUUGAAUUUAGUAGAAAAUAAGGAAUUGGUUGGAUAUAAAUAGGCUUUUAUUAAACAUUAUUUAUGUAUAUGUUAGUGUAUUUAUGACUUGCUUUUAGUGACGCUGAUAUUACAACCAAAGAAUGAAGAUUGAGCCAGUGGCGCAUUUAAGAUACGUAAGAAAAAUGUGAUGGGCGUGGUUUUAUUCUUGAACCUAUCUUGUGCAAGUUUUGUGAAAAUGCCACUUGAAUUUUCAUCGUGCUGCAUAGCAGAGGGCUAAAUUUUUGACCAUAAAAUAUGUUGGUCUGUGGCCAAUAAAAAUAAUUUUAUUUAAUGUUUUUUCAUGUUUUUUGUUCCUGGCUUUUGUAAUUGUAAUUAAAGCAAAAAGUAAGGAGAUAUUAACUAUGUACUACUAAAAAUAACAAUUUUGUAGGCUGUAUGAAAACUUGUGUAAAUUUAGUGAGGCAUAUGCUUAAAAACCUACUACUGCUUUUUAGGGUCUGUCUUUUGUUUUCUUCUGUGUUUUAAGAUAAAAAGAAACAUAAAGUUGUGACUGUGUGAAAGAUUACAAUAGACUUUUUAAAUUAAGUAAUCAGUCCGAAGCCUAAAAGUUAAUGGAACUUGAAAGUAUUGGCUGCAGUUCUUCUGGAGAGGUGUCCUUGGUGCAAAAUCUGUCAUGCUUGUGUGAAAAGGCAGGUCAUGUAUUGUUUGUGUGGGAUUGUUCUGUAGUGUGGCUCGCUUCUGCAUGUUUUGAGCGGAACGCACUGAGUCCACGACAACUGAUCUUGCCGAGCUACGGCACCUGCGCCAGUGCUGCAGACGUCGGUUCGGAAGUCUGAAUGCCGGCUUAGCGGUCAGCUAAGCUCCCAAGUGCAAUUCUGACCAAAGAUGACAGCAGAUGUUUGUACGAACUCAUCCGUCAGUUACCAGCGAGUGUUUGCGCGUGGAGCAGCUAUAAAAGCAUUUGGGGAAGGUUCCAUCUUUUUGUAUUGACCUUGUGGUUAAGUUCUUGCUCAUCUUUGGUUAAACAGAAUUUGUUUCGGGGAAGUGGUUUCAGAAUGUUAUAGUUUUAUUUUGAAGCUUUAGGAUUUGCUACUUUAUUUAUUAUUUGUGAUCAUUCAUAUUUUAUGAAUUUAAACUUUUUAACUAUUGCUAUUUAUAAGUGAUGAGUGAUUUGUUUAAACUCUUAGAGUUAGCCUAGUGAUAACUUUGUCUAUUUAUUUCUCCAAGAGCCCCCUCCUUAAAAGAAAAGUUGUUUAUUAGUGUGUAACAGUUUUCGACUGGCGACAGCACACCCUUUCUGUUCAACCACCCGACAGUGGCAUUCCAGAAUUUUUGAAGCAGUCCACCCCUAUGUGUUUGUUCAAGAUGUAAAAACAUGUUACUACUAAAGCCACCCUGUAACAAUAAUUACUUAGUUGUAAGAUGAUACAUUGUUGCAAUUUGUGGAAACGAGCUUGAAUGUAAAGGAACAUCAGUUAUAUUUUUUAACAACACGGUGCAAUGGUUCAAAGCAAUUAUUUUUGUUGCUGUGUGUGGAAAAAAAAUAAUUAAAAAUCAAGUUAUCUUGCACUUAAUACUGUAUUGUUAGCAGUCAUAGAAUUGUGUGUGUGUUUUAAUUUUUUUUUUAUAGGAAACAAUUUUUUUUCUAUUUUGCUUCCUUGCAUACGUAGUUGUUUCUGUAGUACGUACUGUCGCUCGUUUAUCGUUGAAAGCUGCUUGUGCAUUGUUGCCAUCUGCGUUUGCUCUUCCCUCCUUGCGUUGUCGCAGUACAUCACCAGUAUUUCUAGUGAGGCAUCAUUCCUCGAUUGAGUGGGGUGGUUGGACGUUAUUGGACGGCCAGGAGCAUGCUAGCCAGAGGUUCUUGCCAGUGAAGGCUCGGAAUAGUGUUGUUGGCUCGUUACAGGUGUGCAUCACUCGAUAAACUGUGCAAGUUUUUAUAGUUACAUGUGUUAAGUUUUUUCCAGUAUUUAUUUUUUUUAUUAAACAGAAACUACUUUUGUAGACCGCACCUUUUUCUUGGUGGCUUGCUAUAGCCUUCCCUGUUGUAAAAUACUCACUCAAUUGUUGGAUAGCAGUUUGAGACAAAAUUUUCAUAUAAAUUGUGGAGUAAAAUUGUAUGAACAUGUUUUGAAUUUGACAACUGAAUAAACUUAUGCUUAAUA